GCGGAUUGAUAUAAAUACCAAGUAUAGCCGGAGAAAUGGGCUGAAAAAUAUCGUCCCACACGUUGAAGUUUGUCUUGAUUCUUCCGUUUCGCUUGCUGUUCCUAGGGAUUACGGUCUUGUGCACCAUCGGUACACCCCCACGCGAGCAUGGCGACUACAUCCACUACGAGCUUGAAUGACACACCUCACGUACCUCCGAAUCGACUUAUCCAAUCCGAAACUCCAACACGAGCAGCCAGUACUGAAUUACCAAGCCGGGGCUCAAGCAAUUCCAAGGAAGCCGUCGAAUUAACAGACCAAACCAACCUUCUUCCGUUCAAGCAGGUCGUUUUCGUUUUCCUUGGACUCUCUGUAUGCGUCGUAGUAUCAGCCCUUGAUUCUGUCAUUGUGGCUACAGCACUCCCUUCCAUCUCCUCGGUUUUCCACGCUGGAUCGGUCAUUUCAUGGGUUCCCUCUGCCUACCUACUCACCUCAACCGCCUUUCAGCCAUUGUAUGGGAGAAUGAGUGACAUUUUUGGCAGGAAGAGUGCCAUAUGUACGGCUAUGGCGGUGUUUAUGCUGGGUAACCUGAUCGCUGGGUUCUCGAAAUCGGUGAUACAGUUGAUCGUCUUUCGAGGCAUUGCGGGUGCUGGAGGGGGAGGGAUUAUUAGUAUGAUGCAGAUCAUAAUCUCGGAUAUUAUUACUCUUAGGGAGAGAGGGAAAUAUCAAGGUAUCAUUGGAUUUGUUGUUGCCGCCGGAUACACGGUCGGUCCUAUACUCGGCGGAGCUUUAGUUCAGAAGGCCAGCUGGACGUGGUGCUUCUGGAUCACCAUUCCUCUCUCGCUCGUUGCGACGUGCAUUGUGGUAUUCGUACUCCCCUUGAAGCCUGUAGAAGGAGACUUCCGUCGUAAACUCCUUGCCAUCGACUAUGUCGGUGCUCUUUUGACGCUUGCAAGCAGCACAAUGAUUUUACUUCCUCUCAUUUGGGGCGGAGUAACGUUCCCGUGGAGCUCCGCAGUCGUUCUAGCCCCAUUGUGCGCAGGGGUUUUCGGCGUCGUUCUAUUUUGUCUCUGGGAAUGGAAAGGUGCAAAGCUGCCGAUUGUGCCUAUGUACAUCUUCAAGCAUAGUACCGUGUGCGGCGUGAACAUCACGAUAUUUGUCAACGGGUUUUGCUUCUUCUCGACAUUAUAUUAUCUACCUCAAUAUUUCCAAGUCGUUUCGGGUUAUUCUCCGAUCCAUGCAGGCCUCUUCCUUAUCCCAGUUCUCAUAAGCCAGAUGGCUGCGAGUUGGAUAGCUGGUCUGUUAGUCAGCCGUACUGGCCGUUAUCGAACCAUCGUGAACCUUGGGUUCGCACUCCUCGCGAUCUCGUCAGGCUGUAUUUCCACUUUCAAAGCUACCACACCAAAAGCGGUCCAGGUUGUCUUGAUGUUGUUGGCCGGAUCUGGCGGCGGAAUGACACUACAAACUACGACUGUGGCUGUUCAAGCAAGUGUUGCGAGGAAGGAUAUGUCCGUUGUCACGGCGUUUAGGAACUUUAUGAGAAACGUCGGAGGUGCUUUGUCUUUGGCGGUUGCUUCGUCUUUGAUAAACAACACCCUUCGUUCAUCUAUGAAGGCUCUCUCCCUACCUGAAUCGACUAUCACCGAUAUCAUCAACGACCCAUCGGUCCUCUUCCCGUUCAGUCACCCCACAAAUAGCACAGUUGCUGCGUCCGUUUCUCAGCAGGACGCGCAAUACAUCCUCAUUCACGGAUACAACGCCGGUUUCCGAGAUAUCUUCAUUCUCAACGGCAGUCUAGGCGUAAUGGCUACGGUUGUGAGCGUGUUGAUGAUCAAACAUAAGGAGCUCGUCAGGGCUGAGGAUGCCGAAAGAGAGAAAGCUAGGAAUUUGUUGGAGAAGCAGACGCGUGAUGGUAAGAACCGUGACGAGGAGGUGGGUAGUGUUGGACCUGGAAUCGACAAACCUCCGGUGUCGGGGGUAGUACCUGCAGUAGGGGGCAUUGAUGCUCAUGAACUGGAGGUACUUUCCGGACGUUCGGAGAAUAGACGAGUGUAAAAAUAUUUUCGUCCUGGGUUAAAGGCGUCGGUCUCGCGUGUAGUGUACUAUUUUGGGUUUAGAUAUCGGGUCGGCAUUAUGUUUAGAGUUGUGAAUGGAUCGGAGAUCUUCAUCUU